AUGUGUAAACAGAAUAUGAGCUGCGUGGCCCUGGGGGGCCAGUGGGGUACCCCGCUCUGCCCACGCGCCCGGGGCCCCGCAGUGGCCCCUGCGGGCUACUCCAGACCCCCAUCCCCAGUAGCACGCGCGAGACGGCCGGGCACGUGGCUCAGGGUCCUCCGCGGCCCGCGCGCGCCCAGCCCAGCCCAGCCCAGCCACUGCGCUGCCAGCCCGCGCGCGCCCUCCGCGCGAAAACCGGAAAAGGGCCGUUCCCGCGCGCGCCGCCCAGGGACCGCCAAAAAGGCCCGCGGGCGGGCGGACGGGCGGAGUGGAGGCGGCCAGCUGCAACGAGAGAAGCCAGUCGCGCCGCCCACGCCGGCUGCCUCCAGCGCCACGGCGUCCGCGCCCGGCCCCCGGGAGAAGAAAGAGCCUUUACGAGGCGGCGCCACUACUCACCAGGGAAAAGGGAGGGCGGAGCGGGAGACGAGGAGAUCGAGGCGGCAGCGGGAGCCACGGGUCGCACCUGCGGUCGGCGAGCACACGGCCCGGGUCGGCGGCACCGGGGACAGCUCCGCUGGACUCACGACUUAUCCAGGAAGCAGCCGCGGGGGGGCCUCAGCAGCCGAGAAGAAGAAGCACGCAGCGAACGCCGGCAGCCAUCACUCUAGCGGAGCACGCCGCCGGCCCCUACUUAUAGCCCGCGCCGCGACCCGCGUGACCCGCCGCGCCUCGCGCCGGCCCCGGAGCCCCGCCCCCGGCAUGACGCAGCCCUCCUCGGCCCGGCGUGCCCAGCCGGGUGAGCCUGACGGUGGCGCUCAUUGGCCCGGCCCGCGCCGGCGGCCACGCCCCUAGCAGGGAGCCGGUCCACGUGGGGUGGGACAGCCCCCUCCCGGCGGCCUCGCCCUGGAAUCUCCGCACUGUCUGGCCCCGCCGGCUGAUUACCGCCAGAGAGCGAGGGGGACCUCGCCGUCACCCUGGAGGCCGUCAUGCGGGGUUACAGAGGCUGCGACCAAAGUCAUUCCUAGCUCCUCUCUCGGGGCUCUGGAAAGCCGUCCGCGCCUCCAGCCGCACUUUCAGCGCACGCAUGACCUGCCGCGCCCGGUGGCCACACCCGUCCCGUCUGCCGGGUGACGCUGCGGGAGAUCUUGCGCCCUGGGGCUCCGGAUCCAGUUCUGGCACGUUGUUGCACCUGUGACUUGUCCUUGGCCUGGCACUGUCCCUCGCCUGGGGAAGGAGGGGGGGAUGCUCACGUGGUCGCUUUGCUCCCGCAGUCAUGCACUUGGAUGAAAACAGAAAGACUGAAGAGUCACGGGAACCAGCUUGUCUCCCCAGUUAUGGCGCAGAGCUGCAAGGAUGGCUGUGGGUCAUUAAUUUCUCCGUGACUGACCUGUGUUUGUAACGCCGCAGCUGUGGCGAGGGGGAGGGACACUGCUUCGGAUUCAAAUUCUGCCUCCUUGCUGCAGUGUGUCACCUUGAGCAAGUCCCAGAUCUCUGCGUUCUCACAAUUGUAAAAUGUUAACAGUGGCUGCCUACCCUGUGGCUGGAAUUAAAUGAAUUAACGUGUAUGAAUGUGACUAGAAUUCAGUACAUGGUCAGGAAAAGCUGAUUUCCGCUUUGCUGUUACCGUGAAUAUUCCUGUUUUAGGAUGUAGAAAAGGGUGGAAGGGGAUGUUAUUGCAUCCUGAAAGCUUAUCCUUUUGAGGGAAAGAUUGAUUUCUGGCCCCCUGCGUGGUAUAUAGAGUAGUUUUGACCUUAUUUAGAUGUGUUAAUACACAUUUGGGGGUUGAUUAUUUGGCUUAAGAUCAAGACUAACCAGUCGUGCCAUGGAAGAUUAAGGUCGUGGUCUCUUGUCAGGAUUGUAGUGAGAUUUCAAAAUUCCAGCCAGAAAUGCCCGUCUUAGAAUGCUGUGAAGCCCUCCCCACAUUUUUGCCAUCUCUAGCAGGAGGGCACUGUAUAGCAGAAACAGAGACAUUGUAAAUUGUUGCUGCCUGAGUCAUUUAUAGAGGAUUAAACAACCUGAAUGUCCUCUGACCUACCUAUAACAUUUGAUGGAGUUGUAUGAGCAACUUACAAAGUUGUAGGUCCCAAGGUCGGUCUGAAAAAGAAAGUUCAUAUCCGGGAGCACUGACCCCUUAGUGUAAUCCUGGCACCUUAAAACGUACUGUUCCCUCCACCUUCACUUCAAGGUUAGGAAAACGUUGAGUAAAAAGGAUGAUCUGUUCAAAG